CAGCCCGCAGCAGGCAAACCCCCCCUCCCCCCCUCCCAAAUGGCGCAUUCCAACGGCGAGGCCACCGCCGCCGGCGACGGAGAGGUCGCCCCGGUGCCGCGCCCCCUCGCGCCGCCGCGUAAGGUGGCGCUGAUCACGGGCAUCACGGGGCAGGACGGGAGCUACCUCACGGAGCUGCUCCUCUCCAAGGGGUACGAGGUGCACGGCCUCAUCCGCCGCUCCUCCAACUUCAACACCCAGCGGCUGGACCACAUCUACCACGACCCGCACGCCGUGCCCUCGUCCCCGCGCCCCGCGAUGCGCCUCCACUACGCCGACCUCUCCGACUCCUCCUCCCUCCGCCGCGCGCUCGACGCCAUCUCCCCCGACGAGGUCUACAACCUCGCCGCCCAGUCCCACGUCGCCGUCUCCUUCGAGAUCCCCGACUACACCGCCGACGUCACCGCCACGGGCGCGCUCCGCCUCCUCGAGGCCGUCCGCCUCGCCCGCAAGCCCAUCCGCUACUACCAGGCCGGCUCCUCGGAGAUGUUCGGCUCCACGCCGCCGCCGCAGAGCGAGGACACGCCGUUUCACCCCCGCUCCCCCUACGCCGCCGCCAAGGUCGCCGCGCACUGGUACACCGUCAACUACCGCGAGGCCUACGGGCUCUUCGCCUGCAACGGCGUGCUCUUCAACCACGAGUCCCCACGCCGCGGGGAGAACUUCGUCACGCGCAAGAUCACGCGCGCCGUCGGCCGCAUCAAGGUCGGCCUGCAGACCAAGGUCUUCCUCGGCAACCUCACCGCCGCCAGGGACUGGGGAUUCGCCGGGGACUACGUCGAGGCAAUGUGGCUCAUGCUGCAGCAGGAUCAGCCCGGUGAUUACGUCGUCGCCACCGAGGAGUCCCACACCGUGGAGGAGUUCUUGCAGGCUGCCUUUGGGUAUGCCGGGCUCAACUGGAAGGACCAUGUGGUCAUUGACAAGAAGUACUUCCGCCCGGCGGAAGUUGACAGCCUCAAGGGGGACUCGACCAAGGCGAGGAGGGAGCUCAAAUGGAAGCCCAAGGUCGGGUUCCAGCAGCUCGUUGAGAUGAUGGUUGAUCAUGACAUUGAGCUCGCCAACAAGGAGAAGGUCCUGGUGGACGCUGGGUACCGUGAUCCCAAGCAGCAGCCAUAGAAACAGCACAAAUGGCUUCUUGCUCUGUUGGAGCUUGAAUUUGGGGAUUGUUGCCCUGUAGCUCAUACAUUGUGGCUCUCAAAGUAGAGGUUGACUGAAGUUACUAUUGCUAUGUUUCUUGGAUCAGAAAUAAGGAUGCUUGCAGUUUGAUCCUACAGUAUCUUCAUUUACAUUUUCUUUUGACUAUGCUACGCGAUUAAUCAAAUGAAUGAAUGAAUCCACACAAUUUUCGAAGAGGAUCA